UGUGGUUUGAACAUCACUUGGCUGAUCUCUAUCCACCGUCACCGCUCCAUCCAAGAGCGCACCGAGCCUUCAACUUCUCAGCCGAUCAAACAGAGGACUCUCUGAAGCGCAGCCAUGGCUUUCAUGGUAAAACACGUGGUGGGAGGACAGCUGAAGAACCUGACAGGCGGACUGACGGAGGAGAAAUCCGAAGGGGAGAAAUCAGACGCCGCCGCGCAGGGGAUGACUCAAGAGGAAUUUGAACAAUACCAGCAACAGUUAGAGGAGGAAAAAAAGGAACGAGAAGCUCAAUUUGCCCAGAAGAAAGCUGAGAGGGCCACAGUUAGAAGUCAUUUCCGGGAAAAGUACAGACUACCAAAGAACGAGACGGAUGAGACCCAGAUCCAGCAGGCGGGGGACGACGUGGUGUUGCCCACAGAGCUGGCCAAGAUGAUCGCCGAGGACAACCAGGAGGAAACACACAAGCAGUCUGUGCUGGGCCAGCUGUCCAACAUCCAGAACGUGGACAUGGACCAGCUGAAAGACAAAGCCCAGGCCACACUGGAAGACCUCAAAAAGCAGACGGAAAAUUGCAGCCUCAUGUGAUCUGGCCAGCUCUAAGUCCCAGGAGAUUAGAGUUUUUCUUGUACAAAUAUUUUUCAGAGGCAGAGCUGCUCUGGGGGUAGACAUUUUCUCAUUGCUUUAGUGGAAUGUCAGUUGGCAGAGCCGCAUAAUAACAGUUUUUCUAGCUGUGUAACGUUAGACAGAAGCCGUGUAUUAUAAUAUCUUAGGCUCAUCUGACUAACCAGAGAAAAAAAAAAUCAUUCCAGCCAUAAGAUCAUCGAGGUGAGAUAGUUUGCUUUCCGGCUGACCUUC